AUGACAACGAGCACACAGAUCAAUGGCGACUUGAAUAACACACAAGUACUUCGCAGCACGGCAGAAAUACCAGUCGAUCGUGCAUAUAUCGGAAAGACACUUGCCAUACCGGAAGAGGACGAUGAUCACGAGAUCCGGAGCAGGUAUCGCCAAGGCUUUCUUCUGAAUCAAUCCAUCACGAAAGCAGAUUGGAUUUCCAAGCUCAAACUCAGCACCGUUCUUCAACUUAGCGAAGCGAACCUAAAACAAUCAGAUAACGAUCGUCUGAGAGUAUUGGUGCUAUAUGGCAGUCUACGAGGCAGAUCGUACUCCCGACUUCUCGCAUAUGAAGCCUCUCGAAUCCUGCAUCGCCUCGGCUGCGAUGUGAGAGUCUAUGACCCAGCAGGACUUCCGGUCAAAGACGAUGUACAACACGAUCAUCCCAAGGUCCAGGAACUUCGAGAAUUGAGCAAAUGGAGUGACGGACAUGUCUGGGUCAGUCCCGAGCAGCACGGGAAUCUCACAGCAGUGUUCAAGAAUCAAAUUGACUGGAUUCCCCUUUCGUCGGGAUCUGUCAGGCCAACGCAAGGUCGUACUCUGGCAAUUGCGCAAGUCAGUGGUGGUAGCCAGUCUUUCAACACUGUCAAUUCCCUCAGGAUGUUGGGCAGAUGGAUGCGAAUGUUCUUAAUCCCCAACCAGUCGAGUGUGCCGCAAGCUUAUACCCAAUUCACGGAUGCUGUCGAGCCUAGUGACGAGGAGAAGUAUCUAGAAGCCGAAGGUGGAAGUCGGCUGAAGGCCAGUGGGAAUCGGGAUCGAUUAGUGGACUGUAUGGAGGAGUUUGUGAAGUAUACGAUUGUGAUGCGGCCGCACUUUGCGUUGUUUGGAGACCGUUAUAGUGAAAGGAAGGAGAGAGAAGAGAAGCGACUGAAGAAGGAGAAGGAGGAAGAGGAGAAGGCCAUGAGUGCGGCGAAGGAGAAAGCUGGCGAGGAAGGAAACGCGAAGAGUAUGGCGAGUGCCGAUGGCGUGGUGAAUGGGAUUGAUGUAAAUGGGCUAUAG